AUGUCUUUUUCGCUUCCGUCCACCCGCUUGCGCCCUUCUCUUCGCGGCGCGAACACGUCGCUUUAUCAGGAGAGUAGACGUUCUGCGGUCAGAACGAUUCCUGCAGAGGUUGUAGUUCGCGCCAAGGCCUUCAAUGACGAGUCGCUGCAGUCCACUAGUGUGCAGUCCACUAGUGCUUCAAGGCAAAUUGUUGCACAGCAAAGCAAGGGUCCCUCUCCUAUUGUAAUGGAGCGCUUUCAAGGCGUUGCAAGCCAACUAAUGAAUCAGCGCAUCAUCCGUCUCGGUGGUGCGGUUGAUGACGACAGCUGCAACUUAAUUGUCGCACAACUCCUCUGGCUGGAUGCAACUGAUCCCAAAAAGGAUAUCACCCUAUACGUGAACUCGCCCGGUGGAUCUGUGACAGCCGGAAUGGCGGUAUUCGACACCAUGCGACACGUACGCCCAGACAUUUCCACAGUUUGCGUAGGCCUUGCUGCUUCCAUGGGUGCAUUCUUGCUUGCCUCUGGCCAACAGGGAAAGAGGUUCAGCCUUCCAAAUAGUCGAAUCAUGAUUCACCAGCCCUUGGGUGGGGCCCAAGGGCAAGCUGCGGACAUAGAGAUUCAGGCGAAUGAGAUAAUGCACCACAAGUCAACUCUGAACGGCUAUCUCGCGGAAUUCACUGGCAAGCCUCUGGACACUGUGAUGCAAGACACUGACCGUGACUUCUUCAUGUCUGCCUUUGAGGCGAAAGAGUAUGGAUUAAUUGACUCAGUCAUUGAGCACCCAACUGAUGUGGCUGUGCGUUCAUCCGGUAUACCCAUGUAUGCGGGUGAGCUGUGA